CUAACGGAAACGGUUUGCUCUGGCUUCCGUUCGCUCUCUUUCCUCGCAGCGCGAGCUCGGCGUCCACGGCCUCGUCAUGUCAGAGUAAACGACAGCACGAGCGGAGUCGCAGCUCGGCGUCCGGCCCGAACAUGGAGAAGAAAGAGGAAACCGUCGCCGUCAAACGGAGCAGUUCGGAGCAGAGGAAGCUGCGUUCUCGUGAUGCAGCCAGAUGUAGGCGGAGUCAGGAGACGGAGGUGUUUUAUGAGCUCGCCCGCACUCUGCCACUCCCCCGCCGCGUGUCCGCCAACCUGGACAAAGCUGCCAUCAUGAGAGUCACCCUCAGCUUCCUGCGCGUGCGCCGCCUCCUGCGAUCCGGUGAGCAUCAGAAAGAGGAGUCUGAAGAGGAAGAGGAGGAGGAGGAGAAGGAGGAGGAGAAGGAGAAGGAAGAAGAGAAGGAGGAGGUGGAAGAGGAGGAGGAGGAAGAUCCAAUGGACACUUUCUAUCCUCAGGCGCUGGGUGGAUUCAUCAUGGUGACGACUGAGGAAGGGGACAUGAUCUACCUGACGGAAAACGUCAGCAGACACAUCGGCAUCACUCAGCUGGAGCUGCUGGGUCAGAGUGUGUAUGACUUUGUUCAUCCCUGUGAUCAGGAGGAGCUCAGAGACCUGUUGACUCCACGCCCAGGUUUGAGUAAGAACUCAACUGCAGAACAGCAGAGCGGGAGGAACUUCUUCCUUCGAAUGAAAAGCACACUGACCAGCAGGGGGCGCACCGUCAACAUCAAGUCUGCUACCUGGAAGGUUCUGCACUGCACAGGUCACAUGCGACCCUUUGGCGGCAGCUCCGCGUCGCCCCCUGCAGCCAGAGUGAUGACUCUGCUGUGUGAGCCCAUCCCUCACCCGUCCAGCGUGGAGUUCCCUCUGGACACCUGCACCUUCCUCACCCGCCACAGCAUGGACCUGCGCUUCACGCACUGCGAGGGCAGGGUUAAAGAGUUGGUGGGAUACAAACCCGAUGAUCUGAUUGGUCGCUCAGCCUAUGAGUUCCAUCACGCGCUCGACUCUGAUCACGUCAACAAAAGCCUGCACACACUGCUGUCCAAAGGUCAGGUGAGCACCAGCCACUACCGUUUCCUGGCAAACAGCGGGGGCUUCGUCUGGGCAGAGACCCAGGCGACUGUCCUCUACAGCAGCAAGACGUUGCAGCCCGAGGCCGUCGUCUGCCUCAACUUCAUACUCAGUGCCGUGGAGCAGCCAGAUGUUGUUUUCUCUGUUGAGCAGAUCCGUUGUAGCCGGCUGCCCAAAGCUGAACCCCACUCACCAGCGCUGGCGCCGGAGGACUGUGAGUCUUCCGCCAUCUGCGACUCUGAGGGCGAGCAUCUUGCCAACUCCAGCCAGACUGAGGACGCUGGUUCGAGUCCCAGCAGCCCCGCAGAUCUCUUCUUCAAACUAAAGGAGAAGCCGGAGGAGCUUCUCCAGUUGGCUCCCGAGGCCGGAGACGCCAUCGUACCACUGACAGGAGGUUUCGUCGAGCUGUCGUUCGUCAGUCCAGCCAGUCCAAACUCCGUGCCGGACCACCCUCAGGAUCUGUGCACUCCACAGCUGCGACAGCUCCUCACACCCAUCUUCAACCCCAUCACGCCAAUUCCGCCGUCAUCAGCGGCGUCCUCACCUGAUCGCGAGCCAAGCCCCUGUGAGGAGGAGGACUUGGUGGAGGAGGUGAUGGACACAAGCAAGGUGGAGAAGUUCUUUGCCAUUUGGCCAGAAGAUGGUCAGCAGAAAGGAGAAACACAGGAGAACAUGGAGGGGAUGGAUCUGGACAUGUUGGCUCCCUACAUCUCUAUGGACGAUGACUUCCAGCUGACCUUCCUCAGCAGUUUGCCAGAGGAAGCCGACAAAUCUCCGUCCACUUCGUCCGACCCUUCAGCUGUGACACCUGCAGUCACGGGGAGCAGGAAACGGACUCAUAAGCCAGAUGAGGACAUGCCGUCUCAGCUGCUGAUUCAGGACAAGAGACAGAGACAGUAUCCUUCCUCAGCAGAAGAGGAACUUGUUCUCAGCCACAGAUUACUGGACUGUCUGGAGGAAACCGACCAGUCCGAUCUGAUGUUAGACUCAGGCCCGGGGGGUCGGAGUCAGCUACUCACAGACAGAGACCCUAUUUUAGGAGGCAUACAAGGACUCUGUGAUACUGCCGCUCUGAUGAGGGACAUAUUCGUAGCUCGCCCACCUGACCUGUUGCCGCCUCUCUCGCCAAUGACCUGACGGAGCUCCUGUCAGCCAAGAGCUGGCCCGACUUCUACGCUCAACGCGAGGAGGUCGGCGCGAGACCCGUCUGCGAACGCAGCAGCCUGAGCGCACACGUACAAACGCAACACACCACAAUAUGUAUGCACAUGAAUAUAGACUCGCACGCGCUGCAUAACCAUGCCGUAAGGUUGACCGGACCUCGUCGCUUGUAGCUGAACCGGGACAGUCACUCGUGUUGUGUUUUCUCAUCAGUCUCUCACUGUGAAGCAAGAGCCAAUGACAUGUAGAUCAGGCAGGAAAAAGUCCACUUUUCUUUCACAUGACACUCGUGGUCAGUCUGUUUGAUGGGAACAGCAGGUGGCGCUGGAAGAUUUUUUUUCCUGCCCAGGCUGUGAAAAAUUAAAAAUCCCUACAAGGGUUAAACAGUGAGACAAAUCUGGACACGUAUUUCCCCGUGCGGCGAAAUUUAGUGCAGCUCUCAAGUUGAUCACCUUUAGUCCGUCUGUUUUCAGUGCUUCUAUCAUCAUUUGAACGUGUAAAGCCCGUGCAGGAACUCCCAUAAUGCUCUGCUUUGACGUUGAAGCCAACAACCCCUCAAGUAUGAACGGAGUUCUCUGCCGCUAUUCUUGUCAUCUGUGUUUAAACAACCAAUCUCACUGCCGUAUUCUUCUCAACAGUUACACCAACAAACAAACUUGCGAAUAUCAGUGGCAUUGUUUAUUUCAGUGGCAAAUUUUUACAUCUUUUUAUACACUUGUGCUAAACCUUUUUUUCUAAAUGACGCAUUUACUAGAAACUUCUCAACUGGGGAAUUUUUUUUUUUUUGGAUUGUCUUUAUUAUCUACAAACCCCAUCAACAAUCUUCUGCGAAUUAGUCGUGGUGUUUGUUUAUCUUCCUGAGGUGCCGGGCGGGUGGGGUUUACUUAAUCUGACACUCCCUUUAAUAAGCUAAUGUGAGACGAUCAGUCACAGAAAAAAAAUGUAGUAAAUUGACUUUCAGACGUGUCAGCGUGACUGAAACGUUUGUGUUUCCUCUUUGGUAAAGUCACUGAGUGUGACCUCAAAGUGGAAUAAACCAAACCACAAAAUAUGUUGAUCCAUCCAGGGUGAUGCAGGGGUUUUUUUUUUUUUUUUUUUUCCUUUCUGUCGUCAUUUUAAACAUAUAAUCUGAUUUAACUUGAAGUACUGAAGCAGUUAUCGUUAAUGAGACAAACAGUAGAGUCAGCUUGUUUAUAUACCCAUUAGAAAUGUAAUGAAACACUACUAUUCAUGUUUUUGGUCUUGUAUAAGUUUGAAUUGUAUGACAUGUAACAAAUUGUGCCUCAACACAUACCAGCUGAAAGGAGACUUCUAUAUUUGCCAGCUGCAGUGUUUGAUGAAAUAUUGUGACGUUUCUACACGGAGAUGUGGAGGGUUGAUUUUAUUUGGCGACGGCAUCCUGCCAUUUUCUACAUAAACCCGCAAACUGCCAACUCAGCUUGAAAAGUGCAGGCUGUUUGUCCAAAUGCAAUGUAAAAUGGAAAUUUUUCUUCAUUUGAAAAAUGUUACGUAGCUCUUCCGAAAGCUCCCUGUGCCUUUCAUCAUCCAGGAAAAGACAUUUCAAUUACGGUUUUUCUCCAUCGUGUUUGGCCUGUUACCCACACGCGGGAUCCGCUCUAAACGUCACCACUGAUUUAAAAAGAGGAAGAAAAUGAAACAUUUUUAUUUUUACUGUUUAUCCUGUUUGAAUUCUUGAGCUAAAUAAAGCUGUUGAAGCUAAA